CAACAACCCAUAUUGAAGAUGAAUGAGAGUUAAUUAGUUCUUGUUUGUUUGAAUUCAUAGUUUGUUGUUAUUAUUGAAAAUGGCUCAGUUAUUGGAUAAAGCGAAGAACUUUGCAGCGGAGAAGAUGAGUGACGUGGCGAAGCCUGAGGCGCAUGUAACUGACGUGGACUUCAAGCGCGUGAGCAAGGAUCACAUUGAGUAUUUGGCCAAAGUCUCUGUUCAGAACCCUUACUCUGCUUCUAUCCCUAUUUGUGAGAUCAAAUACUCUUUCAAAAGUGCUUCAAGGGAGAUAGCAACAGGGAGAAUACCAGACCCAGGAUCACUGAAGGGUAAAGACACAACAAUGCUGGAUGUGCCGGUGAAGGUACCUUACAAUGUAUUGAUGAGCUUAGCUAAGGACAUUGGUGCUGAUUGGGACAUAGAUUACCAAUUGGACAUUGGUCUUGUUAUUGAUCUUCCAGUCGUUGGAAAUUUCACUAUUCCUCUCUCUCACAAUGGAGAGGUCAAACUUCCAUCACUCUCUAGCAUGUUCAGCAAAGAAAAUUAGCCAGAAAUAGCAAUAAUUUAUUUUAUUUAACAUUCAUUAAUUCUUGCUGUCAUAAUUAAUAAAUGUUAAAUAAUAACUUACUUUAUUUAACAUUCAUUAAUUCUUGCUGUCAUAAUUAAUAAAUGUUAAAUAAGGUAAGUUUUAGAUUUUUUUUUGUCUCCCUAUAAAGUUUAAUGUUUUCCGUAAUUUAAAUUAGUGUUGUUACACAUGUAGAUGUGCAAUUGUGCAUGCAUAGUGCGUGCAUAUACUUUUAAGUAGUAGUGCUACUUUGUUCCAUACAUGUUUGUAUCUAUGAAUGUACACAUAUAUAGUAUAUGCUUUUGAAUAAUUAUAUUAUACAAGGCGUUUUGUAAUAGUAUUAUCUUCGUAGCUUCAAGCAGGUUGAUCUAUUUGGAUGGAAGAUUAUUGUGAUUUUCAUGGUUGUGUUGGUGUACAAGUUACAAGAGAAGAGGAUGCGUUGAACUAAAAGUUUCAAUUGAAUUAUAAAAUAAUUUACACAUGACAGAAACAAAUAAGAAAAAUUAAGAAUCAUAAAAUUAAAGUAAGGCUUACUAUCAGAAAGGGGAUGUAGCUCAGAUGGUAGAGCGCUCGCUUAGCAUGCGAGAGGUACGGGGAUCGAUACCCCGCAUCUCCAAUCGCUGUUCAUGGUUUUCUUAGUCAUGUACUCAUGCAACUUCUUAUUGUAAUUUAUAUUUUU